CACAGCGAAGACUUACCUUUGCACUGACGUUACGAAAUGGCUCCUCGCAGGAAACGCCAGCGAAUUUCCGAAGACGGCGCCUCAGCCACCACGGCCGUCGCCGACGCCGAAGAACCCUCGCAUGCCACGGCAAGCCCCUCCAAAGCAACGCAGUCGAAGAGGCAGCUUUUCAUUCGAUCAAUCGCGCAUUCUGUCACGACCGAAGACCUCACCGAAUUCUUCUCCGAGAACUACCCUAUCAAAUACGCUCUGGUCGUGCUUGAUAAGGAAACAAAGGCUUCCAAGGGCUAUGGUUUCGUUACAUUCGCCGACGCCGAGGAUGCGCAGCGCGCGAAAGAGGAAUUCGACGGAGCCGAGCUACAAGGCAAGAAGAUUAGGGUCGAGCUUGCCGAGGCGCGUCACCGCGAUGCUGAUACCGCUGCCCCCGCCGUCUCUGCGGGCGCAAGAGCGAAGGCAGAGCGCGAGCAGGCGAUCAAGGAGAACCAGGCGCCCAAGCUCAUCGUGCGUAACUUGCCCUGGAGUGUCAAGACGCCGGAGCAGUUGCAGAAGCUGUUCUUGAGCUACGGAAAGGUGCACUUCACGAAACUUCCAAAAAAGCCGAACGGCGAGCUGCGAGGAUUCGGUUUCGUGGCGUUGCGAGGCAAGAAGAACGCAGAGAAGGCGAUGGAGGACCUGAAUGGCAAAGAGGUCGAUGGCAGGCAGAUCGCCGUUGACUGGGCGGUGGACAAAGAGGCUUGGCAAGAUCUGCAGAAGCAGCUGGAUGAUGAAGAGGUCCGACAGAAAGAUGGUGCUAAGGGGGAUGGUGAAGAUGACGCUUCUUCAGCUGAGGAUUCGGAAGAAGACAAAGAAGACGAGGACGACGACGACAACGAAGCAGCGAGUGAUGACAUGGACGAGGACGACAGCAAUACCGACUACGAAGACGUCUCCGACGGCGACGAGGAAGGCGGGAUAGCCCUCGAAGACCCCAAACCUCGAGCCCCCGACUACACCGUCUUCAUCCGUAACCUCCCUUUCACAGCGGACGACGAUAGCCUCUUCGAGCACUUCAAGCAAUUCGGUCCGAUCGCAUACGCUCGUGUUGUCAUGGACCACGAAACCGACAGGCCGAAGGGCACCGGUUUCGUUCGUUUCUACAAGGAGGAAGACAUGAUCAACUGCUUGAAGGGCGUCCCAUCUACAAAACUGCAACGGGUCACCACCGAUCGCCGAGACGGCACACAGAUUACCAUUGCACACUCUGUCCUCGAGAACGAAGACGCCGACCCAUCAGGCCUUUAUACCAUGGACGGCCGAGUCCUCCAGCUCACGCGGGCUGUUGAAAAGAACGAAGCUGUACGACUCACUGCAGAAGGACAAGCUUCACGCUUCAACCGCGACAAGGACAAGCGCCGUUUGUACCUCCUCUCGGAGGGUACACUCGAUGCCAAAUCGCCCUUGUACCAGAAGUUGUCUCCUUCGGAGGUGAAGAUGCGUCAGGAUAGCGCCGAUCAACGUAAAAGGCAAAUUGAGAAGAACCCGGCACUCCAUCUGUCCCUCACUCGUCUCGCGGUCCGCAACAUCCCCCGCACCGUCACGUCCAAAGACCUCAAGGCUCUCGCGCGUCAGGCUGUGGUCGGCUUCGCCGCCGACGUCAAACACGGCAAGCGACAGCGUCUCUCCGUAGAAGAGCUUGCACGUGGUGGCGACGCCAUGCUUUGGGCUGAAAAGGCAAGAAAGCGUAUGGGCAAGGGUAUCGUCAAGCAGGCCAAGGUCGUCUUCGAGACACCCGCCGGAAGCAAGAUCACGGAGGAAAGUGGUGCCGGCCGCAGCCGUGGUUACGGUUUCAUCGAGUACUACACGCACCGCAGUGCGCUCAUGGGACUACGCUGGCUCAACGGCCACGCUGUCGACUACAAGACUCAAGAAACACAGCCGAAGAGCAAGAAGGCAGUGAAGGAGGAUCAGCAAGAUAAGAGGAAGCGCUUGAUCGUCGAGUUCGCCAUCGAGAACGCGAACGUCGUCGCGAGGCGCUCGGACAGGGAGACCAAGGCCAACCAACCGGCCGACAAGGACGGCGAGGAGGAGGCUGACUCGGGCCGCGAUCGGAAAGGCGGUAAGAAGCGGAAACGUGAGUCGGGUGCGGGUGGUGCCGCGAGUGGUAAGAAGGGGACAGGGAAGGACCAGGGAUCGGGCGUCGCGGCUGCGGAAGACGAUGCUGCGAAGAGCAAGGACGAGACCAAGCAGAAACUGCGUGCACAGAUCAUACAGAAGAAGCGUAUGGCCCGGAGAACGCGGAAGCAGGGCAAGGCGUGACGUUGGUAGUUGAAAAUGUCACUGGGUG